AUGUCUUUACAAAUUCCUCACAGAGAAAGACCAAGUAGUGCUGCUUCAGCAGCAACAAAGGCUGUUAUUUUGCCACUCUUCGAAGUCGCUGGCCAUCCCAUCGUUUGGCAUUGUCUCACCGCCAUCGCAAAGGUUCCCUCCAUUCAAGAAGUAUGUAUGAUCGGAUACUACGACGAAUCUGUCUUCCGCGAUUUCAUCAAGGAUGCUGCACACGAAUAUCCUCAGAUCAGGAUUGUUUACCUUCGAGAAUACCAGGCCUUAGGAACUGCUGGAGGUUUAUAUCAUUUCCGUGAUGCUAUCCUCAAGGGACGACCAGAACGUUUCUUUGUGCUCAACGCAGAUGUCUGCUGUUCGUUUCCAUUGAAUGAUAUGCUCAAGCUAUUUGAGGACAGAGAUGCCGAAGCUGUCAUUCUUGGUACCCGUGUCAGCGAAGAUGCUGCUAGCAAUUUUGGUUGCAUCGUUUCUGAUUCCCAUACCAGCCGAGUUCUACAUUACGUUGAGAAGCCCGAAUCGCAUAUCUCGAACUUGAUCAACUGCGGUGUCUAUCUCUUCGCAACCGAAUGUAUCUUCCCUUCGAUCAGAACCGCCAUCAAGCGUCGCAGCGACCGCCCACGUCUUGUUUCUUACCCAUCUUCCGAAAACCUCGAAUCCUCAUUCUUUCAAGAUGAUGAAGAUGUGAAAAAGAACGAAGUCCUCAGAUUGGAGCAAGAUAUAUUAAGUGACCUCGCAGAUAGCAAACAAUUCUUCGUUUAUGAGACCAAGGAUUUCUGGAGACAAAUCAAGACCGCUGGUUCAGCUAUCCCAGCUAACGCCUUAUACCUUCAAAAGGCAUCACAAACUGGAUCUAAGGAAUUGGCCAAACCAUCCGUUAAUAUCCUUGCACCCGUUUUUAUCCACCCAACUGCACACGUCGACCCAACCGCCAAACUUGGCCCAAAUGUUUCAAUUGGUCCUCGUGCCGUUAUUGGUGCUGGUGCUAGAGUAAAGGAGUCAAUUGUUUUGGAGGAUGCCGAAAUUAAGCACGAUGCUUGCGUUCUCUAUUCCAUCAUUGGAUGGAAUAGUAGAGUUGGUGCUUGGGCUCGUGUUGAAGGAACACCUACACCAGCUAACAGUCAUACCACAAGCAUCAUCAAGAAUGGCGUUAAGGUUCAAAGUAUCACCAUCUUGGGUAAGGAGUGUAGUGUUGGAGAUGAGGUUCGUGUACAGAACUGUGUCUGUUUGCCAUUUAAGGAGUUGAAGAGGGAUGUAUCCAAUGAAGUCAUCAUGUAA